CGCUCACUCGUCCUUGCUAUCUACGAAAGGUAUCUAAUAUCUUGCUGGAAAAAGAAAACGAAAAUGUCUUGUUUGUACAGUUUUCAGAUUAUUUCGUACCUGGCAUCUCUGUUACUCUUGAUAAGUUCGAGCGGGGUUAUUGAAGAAGUUUCGUCGCAUUCUGUAAACGACCGUCGCUGUACGCGUCGGGUUUGGAUCCAGAUUUCUUCUGCUUCGAUUGCGGUCGCUCAACACCCAGGAAUAUCUUAUGCCGAAACACGGGCGGCAACGAAUCCUGUAGAGAAACUUAUGGAAGCCCAAGAAACUCUUAACACUUUGCUCGAAAAUUACGAAAGAGCAACGACCGAUUGCACGUUUGCAGACGUCCCACGUGAGCUGCUGGAAACCAAGAAUAAAGAGCUCUUGUUAGAAAAAGCUGCGACCAAUGCACUAUUUGAUAAAUCGGCAUCUAUAGAAACAUGCAAAACAACAAAUCGGAUUGUGCGUGACUACUUGGGGGUGACAGGAAAAGGUUAGUAGACCAGCAUGCCAACACCGAACGGUUGUUAUGAUUCCUUGAGGGGACAGAUUUUGCGAAAUUCUGUGAAUAUGCACUUUUCAUUUUACCUAAUAAUUAUGUUUUGUUUUUCACAAGGUCCUUUGGUUGGGAUUGAGAAACGAAUCCAAUCGGGCCUCAAAUUUGUCGACGGGGAUUUCUUGGACGAUUAUGUAUCUGGUAAGUUCAUCCAUUACGAAAUUAUCACAAGGACAUCCUACUGUCACAUCCCUUUCACUCACCUGUGCUUGGAAUUGUUUUUAAAAUUUCCAAACUGUAAGAGUUGGAAGGAUUUUCCCAGGCUUAUAGUAAAGCAACUUCCUUGAG